AUGGAGGAUGAACUUGCAAGGCAAGCAGUGGAACGACAGCUAACCGAUGCUAUCAAAUCCAUAAGCAAACGACUAGCCCAACUCUACCUCGAUGGUGAUCGGCUUUUGAGAGAUGCAGAAGGAGUACCGGCACGAUAUAGUGAAUUUGCAGAAGAACUGGCUGAUGAACGCAAGAAGGCCGCAGCUCUUUUGCAGCUUAUACCAGAAUCUCAACCUUUACUGGAAGUCCUCAAAACAUCCUUUUCUACUGCUCAACGCAUGAUUCAAGUCUUGGAAAAACGUGCUAAUAACUGGAAUGCAUUUAUGAUAUUAAAAGUGGAAACGAUAUUUGAAUUAAACAAAUUGCGAAAGCCACUCGAAGAAGUGAUGGCAAAACCUAGAAGAUCUAUCAAUGACGUUAAGAAAGACUUCGAUAUAAUUUCAGAGGAGAGAAGAAAGCCGAGUACUAUGUACGACAAAGUUCGUAAACUUCAACAGCUUUCUGAACUACAUGAACCCCUAGAGAGCCCUCGUGCAGAUGUUCGAUUCUUCGACGCUGGCGCACAACAAAUGGAGAAGGAGUAUGAUGAAGCAUUGAAUGAGAUGUCAGCUGAAAUCGAGGACGAGAAUCUGUUCUGUGACGCAAUAGAUCACUUCAACGCUGAGAUGAAACCCAUCUGCGAUUUGCUAUCCAGAGAGCCCAACCAAGAUAAUAUUAGGCAUGUCGAAAAGUUCCAACUUCCGACACUUCGAACAGAACUAGCGAUGCUGAAGAAGAAGUACGACGAGGCUUAUCAUGCUCGUAGGUAUGUGAAUCCGGACUCCUCUCGCAUCGCUGCCGUAGAAGAUCGCAUGAAGACCCUUGACUCGAUGCUAGAAGAUGUCAAGAAAGCCGAACAGAAGCGUAUCAUGGUUAUGGUCACCGAACGAUUGUCGCAACUCAAAACGAUUCCUGUCCUCGAAGUUACCCAAGACUCGCUGGAUGAGAUGGAAAACCAACUUCAAAAUCUUCCUAAAGACCAGGCUGAUGAACUUCAAAGGCAAAUCGAGAACCUACGAAAUGCCAAAAAGCAGCACUUUAACUUUAUUCAUGGCACUGUCUUGACACACGUCGAAGAUGCAACUACUUCCUUUCCAACACAAGACACCCCUCAACAAAAUUAUUCUCGAGUGAAGAACUCUUUGAAGCUUAUAAUGGACACGACGUGCCUUCCUGCGAGCAACUGUGGGCGUAGUUUGAAGGUGGAAGUGCAAUUACGCGAUGGUCCACCGGGAGAGGCCUUGAUUCUGACAUAUUCCGAAGCAGGAUACUCUGCAGCUAAGCAGAAUUUUUGCGGAUUCGAGUGGGAAGCCAAACCAACAAUUCACGAAGAUCAUGUGGCCAUCACGUUAUGGUGCAAUCCUGAAGUGGAAUCCCAUUCAUGGCGCUGUGCGGCCCUUAUCACCGUGUAUAGUUGCGCGGACGUCGAUGAUGAAACUACUCUGCUGUAUAGGUCCUCACACAUCUUCCACAACGAGUGUCGCUCGACGAGCAUCAUAACUCCUUGCGUUGAAUUGGAUAACGAUGGUACACUGGGAAUUCUCAAUACUUCUGGAGUAGCUGCUAUGCCUGAAUCGAACUUUACAAAACCAUCGGAAUUCAGCAAUGCCUGCAUCGCUUUCAAGAACAGCGAUAUGCGUGUUUUUGUGAAUAAGGAGUAUCUACUGAUCAAUUCGCGAAAAUUUGCAACGUUGUUCACUCCGGAGCGCUCUGGAUCUGCUGCUUCCAACGAUAAGUCUGAAUCUGGCGAUGAUUUCGACGUUCUGAGUUCGCGAGCCAGUGUGCCAGGACAGUCUUUGGAAGAUGACAGCGGUCUCAAUACCCUUCUUUCUUCUCAGGCUGUCUGCCACGAAGAAGGAGUUUUUUUGCUCGAAGAUAUAAACAUCAAAGAUUUCAUUACGUUUUUGGAAACUAUCUAUCCACCCUUUAAUGACAUCACAGGUGAAAACGUUGAAAGUGUUCUACCGACGGCUUUUCGCUUUGAUGUUGAGCACAUUGUGAAGAAAUGUGAGAUCUAUCUGGGGUCUGAAGAUGCUAGGAAAUUGUUUGAUCUUCUUCAACGACUCGUGUUUGCCACAACCUACAAGAUGGAUUCUCUUCAGGAAGAUUCCUUGGCAUCGCUCCAAAAUGCUCGUGAUGUUCUGUCAUUGCUGGAUGAUCCACGUUUGCAAAACGUUUCUUCGGACUUACGUUCUCUACUGCUGGAAACGUUACUCGAACGUUUCAGAUCCGAGGCAUGGACAGUUACCGCUGAAGCUGAUGGGGCAUCCACGGCCUCGGAUGAUUUUUGAGGGCCGAGCAGGAGAAGAAAAUCUGAAUUGAUCACAUAUCUGGGAAUUCCUUGUCACGAAGCGAUUAUGCCUCUGAUUUUUUUAUACUUAGAAGUAUAUGAUUUCGCAUUUGUUAGUUUCUAUAUUUUCAUGUCAGCAACUACUGUGAAGCUGGUAGUGUGUAGUAUGUGUACCGUCUGCUUUUCUUGUAUUCUGCAUGCUUCUUUUUUGUAUGGAAGACUGAACUAGAAAUGAAGUCGUUUUAAAAGAA